CUGCCGAAAGGAGGAAAGCAGCUGCUCAUGGAGAUGGGGCUGUAUGAAGGCGUACCAACCCUACGCGUUCACGAGUGCAGCGCGUGCAGGGCGGAAAAGGCGGCAACAAGGCAAGCCAUUACCGCCUUCAACCGCGGUGGAGAGGGGCGGCAGCAGGUGGUGGACAACACGGGGCAGGGAGAGGAGGACGGCGGAGAGGACGGGGACUCGGGUGGGAGCGGGGCAGCUGGUGAAGCAGGCAAGAGGCGUCGCUGCUGCGUCGUGCGCGUUCUGUCUGAGCUCAAGGCGUUCAGGGAGGAGCUCAACAUGGUUGAGAAGCUCUUCAAGGCACACGGGCACCUGUGCAUCUUCUUGCCGAAGUACCACCCAGAGCUCAACGCAAUCGAGCGAUACUGGGGGUACAUCAAGCACCUCCUCCGCCUCCACUGCGAGUAUUCCCUUCGCCACAUGCUCCAGGUCUUGCCCGGCGCGUUGAGCGGCGUACCCGCACGGUUUAUCCGCGCAUGGAGCAGGGUGACGUGGCUGUACAUCGAAGCCUACGACGAGGGCCUGGAGGACUACCUCGAGUACCGCGAUCUCAAGGAGUGGGGGAAGCACCGAGAAGCCACCGCCAGGGGAGAUGCCGUGAUUCAGGCGAGGGGGGCGGGGAAGACGCCGGAGCAGAAGAAGGCAGCCGAGGCGAAGGCGCUUGCGGCUGCGCAGGAAGUGCGCAAGAAGUCGAUGGCAGCGACCAGGGAAGCCUUCAACACGUGGACGAGCAAGAGAGCCUCCCGGAAGGAGCAGCUACGGCUGUGGAUUUUGCGCAACACGAUGAAUUUUUUGAGGAAAUGGUUGGGCGGGCACGCUCAGGCGUGAGUGGGGAGGGUACGUAUCUAUAUGUCGCGGUGUGUU